CACAGGAUGAAUGUGUCCCGUCAUGCAGCGCGGCGAGUUCUUCCUCAGUGAGGAGACGCUCUGAUCCGUAAUGGCGGCCGGUUAGAUCCACACAGCGACUCCACAUCCAAACACAGCCGCGCUGACCGCAGCGCUCCGCGGGCACCGAGCUCACACACAGCGGGGGGACGAGCAGAGGGGCACGGAGCGGACACACGGCCUUCACGGGGACGGGAACCGUUCAGCGGGCCGUUGCUGGGACUUUUCUACUUUUCUAAAAAAAAAAAAAAAAAAAAAAAAAAAAAAAAAGAUGGAUGAACACCCCGGCGGAGGAGGGGUGGGAACGGGCGCCCCGAGGCAGCCUCCGCCGCCGCAGCCGGCCAACAGCAGCGGCACAAACCCCCCGAUCGGAGGCGGCGGCGGCGGCGUGAUGGUGCCGCAGCAGGCGGACGACAUGCCGCGGCCGCAGCAGUACACCAUCCCCGGCAUCCUGCACUACAUCCAGCACGAGUGGGCCCGCUUCGAGAUGGAGAGGGCGCACUGGGAGGUGGAGAGGGCCGAGCUCCAGGCCAGGAUAGCGUUCCUGCAGGGGGAGAGGAAAGGUCAGGAGAACCUGAAGAACGACCUGGUUAGAAGAAUAAAAAUGUUAGAAUAUGCAUUAAAGCAGGAGAGAGCAAAAUAUCACAAGUUAAAAUACGGGACAGAGUUAAACCAGGGGGAAGUGAAGAUGCCUAGCUUUGAAUCAGAAGACACCAAAGACUCGGAGGUCUCUGCUGUUCCUGCCAACAGUCAGCUCACCUGGAAACAAGGACGACAACUGCUCCGACAGUACCUGCAGGAGGUGGGCUACACAGACACCAUCCUGGACGUGCGCUCUCAGAGAGUUCGCUCUCUGCUCGGCCUGGCCGGCUCCGAGCAGAACGGAUCUCUGGAGAACAAGAACCUGCAGCACCUGAUCAACGGAACCGACCGCAGGAAGGCCGACACCAAGAGGAGUCCAGGUGAUGUUCUGGAGACGUUCAACUUCCUGGAGAACGCUGAGGACAGCGACGAAGACGAGGAUGAGGAGGGAGACCUGAUGGACGACAUCAGCACCGACAAACACCACCGAGCCAAGAAACACAAGACUAAG